AUGGCGUUACGUCCGGAAUUUCAUUUCUCAUCUGUUCUUGAACAUAGUGCAUUAAAUAAUAAUUUUGAAUGUUUUCAAGGAAAUCCAUUAAAUCGUCUUAAUCUUCAUCGAAAAUCAAUAAAAGAUGUUGCUCAACAUACUCAAUCAAGAUUUUUAUCAUAUCGACAACUUAAAGUACUUUUUGAUCAAGAAAAAAAACAACCGACUUGGUUAACCUAUGAAUUUUUAUUUGAAAAUAAUAAAAAUACUAAUAAUGAAAUAAAAUUAACUCUUGAUCAAUGUGAAAUUGUUCUACUUGGCAUCGGUUCUCGAUUUAUUGCUGAUCGACCAUCAUCAAUUACUAAUACUGAAUCAACAAAAAUCGAUAAUAAACUUCUCAAUAAAUAUUUAUUAGCUUCUGAACCAACUCCAGAUGAAUAUAUCUAUUUUGCGUUGUCAAUUCCAACACAAUUUGCAGAUAAUCUACCUGGUACUUAUAUGGAUCUUCGAUCAUUAUUACCUCAAUUAUCUGUCAUUGAUGCAGCUAUAUGUGGACAGGGACGUGCUUUACUCGAUUGGCAUGCAUCCUAUCAAUAUUGUGGUAAAUGUGGUUCAACAACAAAUUCAUUGGAAGGAGGUACACGUCGUAAAUGUACGAAAUGUAAUAAUACAAUUUAUCCUCGAACAGAUCCAGUAGCAAUAACAUUAGUUAUUCAUUCUGAUAAAGAACAUGUUUUACUUGGACGUAAAGCUACAUUUCCUCCUUUUAUGUUUACAUGUUUAGCUGGUUUUAUUGAACCAGGUGAAUCAAUACCUGAAGCAUGUUCACGUGAAGUUUGGGAAGAAAGUGGUGUUAUUGUUGAUACAAAUUUAACACGUUAUUUUGAUUCUCAACCAUGGCCAUUUUUAGGUGGACAAUUAAUGAUUGGAUGUUUUACAUCAGCUAUUGAUGAAACAAUAACAUUACAUGAUUCUGAAUUAGAAGAUUGUCGUUGGUUUUCUCGAGAUGAAGUUGGAGAAAUGAUACAACGAAGUCGUGAUGUUAAUCUCGAUAAAAAUGAUAAAGGUCUUCGUAUUCCACCACCUUUUGCUAUAGCACAUCAAUUGAUUUAUAACUGGCAUUCGACAACACCUAAAAUUUAA